GCUGACUCAGCAGAAAUCUCAAUUUGGAUUUGCCACCAAAACGGCCAACAACAAACAAGGAAGGAAGCCAGCCAAGAUGCUGCGAAGGGGAAAGAAGAAGUCAUCGGACAUCAGCGGGACACGGUUCGAAGCCUCCGUCCGACAGCAACCGCAGGAUGUCCGCGCAUCCCUCACAGACCACGAGCACGAGCUGCUCGACGAAAUGCUGGAGGCAACAAACUUGGCCGGGUCUGGGCAGCGCGAGCGAUUCCUGACCAUGGAUCGCCGCCAGCUCAAGGAAAUGCUGUCAACCUUUGAAGCAGAAAAGAAAACACAGCAAAGCGCGUCGUCGCUGGUUGAGACACUGCGGAGCUGCCUGUCCAACCCAUCCGCGCUCUUGCAGUCGCUCAGCAAAGGCACCGUCUGCCUCAAGACAUACCCAGUCGAGUGGGUCAAGGACUUCUGCACUGAGGGUGGGCUGCUCGUGCUGUUGGACAUUCUGGAUCUCUGCCUCAAACACCCGGAUCUGCUGCCGCUGCAGUCCGAAGCAGUCAAGAGCCUCAAAGCCGUCAUGGACACUGGGCACGGCCUGGAUCUUGCGCUGUCCAGCAGCCAGGCUGUCCUCCUCCUCGUCAAGACCCUCGGAUCCGUAGACAGAAAGACGGUGACGACGGUGCUUGAGAUGCUCUCUGUGGUCGCGUACCUCGACAAAGGCCACAAACUCGUCCUCCAGGCUUUCAGUGCCAUUGUGCGGGACCGAGGCGGCGGCCUGCGGUUUCGCGUGCUCAUCCGACUGCUGGAGGCUGAUUAUGACCUCAAGCACAGGGCUGCGGUGCUGCUGCUGAACAACACGAUUGUGUCGCAUCCAGAGGAUGUGGACAUGCGCGUGCACCUGCGCAAUGAGAUGUACAACUGCGGGCUGCAGGCUGCGCUCGACAACAUGAUGCGCGAACUUGAGCAGCAGAACCCGGAUCUCGCAAAGCCAAAGGAGGACGACCCAAAUGCGUCCCUGCGCCAAGGACCGGAGGCGGACCACUUUGAUGUCAUCAUGACGCACUUGGACGUGUGGAAUGGGGAAAUGGAGGAGGACCUUGCAGAGCUUCAGGGGCGUUUCCACAACCUUCAGUUUGAGCUGCAAUCCCCAGACGACUGCUUCUAUGCCGUCAAGUCACUGCUCGAUGGCACGCCGUGCAUGCCCUACCUCACCUCCAUCCUCCAACACCUCCUCCUCAUCCGCGACGACGCCGUCGCAAGACUGCACUACUUCCAGCUGCUCGAGGAGGCCGUCUCCCAGAUCGUCCUGCGAAAGGGUGGUGCUGAUCCCGACUUUCGGGGGCGCUUCUCCCUCGACACCGAAGUCUUUCUCGAACACAUGCACAACGAGGACGAGACGGUGGCGUUGCAGGAAGAGCUGCACAAGACGCAGCGGGAGGUGGCGGAUAUGGAGACGCGCGCGCGCGAGGAGGAACGACAGCUGCGAGAGGCGUAUGAGGCGAAGAUCAAGGAGAAGGAGGUGGAGAUCAAGUCGUGUCACGAUCAGAUUAAGGAGCUUGCCGUGAAGGUCGACGCGCUUGAGAAUGAGGUGAAGGCCGCGCCUGACGCAAAAGAAACAGCAAAGCAGGAGGGUGACUCGUCAGCAGCAACAACAACCGCAACAGCUGCUGCACCAGCACCACCUCCACCUCCCCCUCCUCCACCACCACCUCCUCCAGGCUCAGAGGGGUCUGCACCACCACCGCCGCCACCGCCACCGCCACCGCCGCCACCGCCAGGACAGGGUGCACCGCCACCGCCACCGCCACCACCGAUGCCUGGUGCACCACCGCCUCCUCCAAUGCCGGGCGUGCCAGGAGCACCGCCACCACCCCCACCUCCAGGCGGAAUGCCUGGUGGUGCUGUUGUGGCGAAGAAGAAAUACCGCACAAAAGUCAAGACGAAGCGCGCAAACUGGGUGGAGGUCAACGCAAGACAGAUCAAGGACACGUUCUGGGUCUCAACAGCAGAGGACCAACUCGAGACGUCUGUGCCGUUUGACGUACUGGAGGACCGGUUCAGAUCGCGCCUUCCAAAGUCGAAGCUCGGCGCUGGCGCUGGCGACGACGCGAAGAAGAAGAAGAAGCAGGAGCGCACGGUGCUCGAUGCAAACAAGUCGCGAAACCUCGCCAUCGCCCUCAGCACAGUCAAGAUGGACGUUGAGGAAAUCAAAACGGCACUGCUGGCCAUGGAUUUGAAGGCGCUUGACCAGGCCCUCCUUGAGAACUGCAUCAAAUACGCGCCAGACAAGACAGAGGUGAAAGCGCUUGAGAGCACAAAGUCGAAGACAGAGGAUCUUGCGAAAUCCGAUCGCUUCCUCCUGCAGAUGAUCCAAGUGCCGCAAUACACUGAACGUGUUGAGCACCUGCUGUUCAUGUCGCGAUUUGAGGACGAGAGAAAAGAGGCGGAACCAUCGCUUGACGAUAUUCUGAAGGCGUCGGAGAUUGUUCGCUCCAACAAGAGCUUCCAUCGGCUCCUGGAGACCGUGUUGCUGAUUGGAAACUACAUGAACUCGAGCAACAACAAGAAGUGCGCUGUUGGCUUCAAGCUGCCAUUCCUCACCCAGUUGAAGAACACAAAGACGGUGGACAACAAGGGCACGCUGCUGCACUUUCUUGCGGAGCUGGCGGUCGACAAUCGCAUUCCACAGCUGCGCCUCUUGUCGGAGCAGCUCAAGUGUGUGGAUGCAGCUGCAAAAGUUGACUUGGACAGCGUGAGCAGCGAUGUGAAUCUGCUUGGCGCCGGCCUGAGGAAGAUGAAGACAACCCUCAGCAAAGCCAAGUCGUCGAAGAAGGACGAGUUGAAGCCUGCGCUGAAGGCGUUUAUGGAGGAGAAACAGGAGACGAUUGACAAGCUGCGAUCGCUGAUGGAGCAGGCCCAGAACAGCUACAAGCAGGUUGUGACGUUUUACGGUGCCAAAGUUGAAGACUUUAGCGGAACGCAGGAGUUUUUUGGUCUCAUCAGCGAAUUCUUGAGGGAAUUUGAUGUCGCCAUCAAAGACAUCGAGAAGCAGCGGGAGGCCGAGCGACGCGAGCGCGAGCGGAAAGCACGCGAGGAGGAGGCGAAGAAGAAGAAAGAGGACCGGCGGAAGCGGCGGACGAUUGUGUUUCAGGGCAGCGAGGGCCGCGGUGUCAUGGACGACCUCAUCCAACACCUCAAAUCAGGCGACGCCUUUGGUGAUCGCCCCCGCCGACGAAAGCGCCGCGCCGCCGAAGGAAAGAAGAACAGCACCAGCAGCGACACAAGCAAACUCGCCACCAGCACCGCGAGCGGAACAAGCGAGCUCGCAGCCAGCACACAGAACAACGACCUACCAGAGUCUUCAUCGUCAGCAUCGAGUAAUGGUGGUGGCAGCGGCGGCGUUACUCGUCGGGAUAAUGGCGCGAACAGGCGCGGCCGACGAAAGCUGCAGAACAUGGCUGGCGGGAUGCUGGAUGAACUGCUGCAAUCGCCGCCUUCGUCGUCAUCGUCAGCGUCACAACAACAACAGCAGCAGCAGCAGCAGCCGCCCAACGACGCGGCAAGCAGUCCGCACCAAUCGCACAUUUAGAGCAUCAGUGAUGCGUUUGUCCUUGCACCACCCUUUGCAUCACAUGCUCAUAAUUUGCUCCUUGCUUAUUUCUCCCUUUUGUUUGAGCACGCUGCACACAGAUGUUGAUGCUGCGUGGUGCUGCUUGCGUCAGCUUUUACAGAGAGUAGACAGAAAGAACUUUCAA